CUUUAUGUGUUCAUUUAUUGUCUUAGUUGAUUCAGGCUUCUGUAACAAACUGUCAUAAACUUGGUACCUUACAAACAACAGAAAUAUAUUUAUCACUGUUUUAGAGGCUGGAAAGUCCAUCAUCAAGCCAUCAGCAGCAGGUUUAUGUCUGGUGAGGUCCCACUUUCUGGUUCAUAGAUGUUCACUUCCUGCCGUGUCCUCACGUGGUGGAAGGGGUAAGAGGUCUGUCUCUCCAGCCUCUUUUAUAAAGGUAUUCAUCUCAUUCAUGACCUAAUUACAUCUCAAACGCCCCACCUCUUAAAACCAUCACACUGGUGAUUAAAUUUCAACAUAUGAAUUUGGGGGGAACAGAAACUUUCAGACCAUAGCAUCUGCCAAUGGACACUUGGGUUGCUUUCACCUUUUGGCUAUUAUGAGUAAUACUGCUGCAAACAGGAGUGUACAAAUAUCUGUUUGAAUUCCUGCAUUUAAUUCUUUUAGAUAUAUACCCAAAAGUGGAAUUGCGAGAUUAUAUGGUAAUUCCAUGUUUAAUUUUUUAAGCAAUUGCUAUCCUAUUUCCCAUAUCAGCUGCACCAUUUUACAUUACCACAGAUUCUAAAAUUUUUAACAAGAAAGUAUAACUAAAAUAAUAAGUGAUGAAUGAUGUAAAAUGAGCAAGGUAGACAAUUAGCCCAUAAUUAGAGACUCUCAGAGCUUUAAGGGUCUCUAAAGUGCAUCAGUCCAAGUAUCCAUCAUAUAUUUGAAGAUAGUGCUUAAAGUUCUUGGAUGAUGAUUACAUUAACUCUCUGGCAAACGUUGAUUAAAGGCUAAGUAGGUACCCAGCACAAUGCUGUGCAGAGCUAAAAGGAACAAUGAAAUUAUCCAUCCUUUCUUGGAAUUAUUUCCCAUAACUACCAUAUGCAGCCUUUAACAUAGCAACCUGUCGAUUUACCUAGGUUAAUGAUUCACCUGGGUGGAAAGACCACGUAUUUCUAUUAUUUUACUUCCGGUCUCUCUCCAUGGGAAUGAUAAACUAGUUUUAAAAAUGAUGUGGGUUGGUAAAUAUUUGCAGUUAGAGUCUUUGUGAGGUCACCAUAGCAGUUAUAAAACAAAACAAUCUAAAUAUAAUUGUAGAUCCUUACAGAAACCUGACAUGUAGCCAUGUCCGCCUACAUUAUUAGGCCUUCCACAGAGUUAAAUGGUCUUCCACAGAGUUGGCCAAGUUUAGAAGUUACACAACUCUGAGGUGUAAUGAAUGCUUAUAAAAAACGGUUUCUGUCUUAGUUGGGAAAUACCAAGUACUCCUAAACAAUGACAAGAACAGGUGGAAGACAACAAAGAGAGUCUUUUUUUUUUUUUUUUUUUUUUUUUGAGACGGAGUCUCGCUCUGUCGCCCAGGCUGAAGUGCAGUGGUGUGAUCUCAGUUCACUGCAACCUCUGCCUCCAGGGUUCAAGCGAUUCUCCUGCCUCAGCCUUCUCCAGAGUAGCUGUGAUUACAGGUGCCCACCACCAUGCCUGGUUAAUUUUUGUAUUUUUAGUAGAGACAGGGUUUCACCAUGUUGGCCAGGCUGGUCUCAAACUCUUAAGUGUUCUGCCCGCCUCGGCCUCCCAAAUUGUUGGGAUUACAGGCAUAAGCCACCAUGCCCGGCCCUUCCAGGCAAUUCUUAACUCCAAUUCUAUCCAUACCCCUGGCAAACUUGGACUCCACUUGAUAAAAUAUGGGUGCAGGAAGGGGUGUGGAGCAAGGGCAGGGGACAAGGAGAAUCUAAGGAGCAUUUCAUGUUCCUUUUCCUUAAUUUUCCAGUUCAGCUCAAGUUGUCAAACAUUUGUGCCGUGUUUACUAUAUACUGGACAUUCUUCAAGGUACUGGAGACACAAACAAAUUAGACUUGGACAUUACUUCAAGAUGCUCAAAAUCUAGUGUAAGAAUAUGGUUUAUUUUUUAUAUGUUUAGUUGUUUAUAUUUUAGAAAGCUUCACAGGUGGGAUGAAAUAUUUUACAAUGCUGUAAUCAUGUAUGGUUAGGUAAGGAGCAGGUAAUAGCUCAGUCUGUGUGUGUGUGUGUGUAUAUCCAAGGUCACUGUAAAUAGUUUACCCCAGCUGGAACCAGCCUUUGUCUCUCCCAGAGAUACCACACUAUUUUUAGCUUACGUUGGAUAAGUCUUCAUAUACAACUCUUUGCCAAGGUCCCAGCUGCUUCAUGUUUGCUUACUUUGAUAUUUUAUUAACACCUAUUUAGCAUUUCAAUAAACUCCAGAAUGUUUCCAGGUUACUUUUUGUAGUAUUACGAAAAACACAGUGAUCAUUUAGGCAUUGUAUUACGCUGCAUUCACUCAACAUUUCCUGAAUGCUUAAAUACCAGGUCCUUGGGAUACGCCAGCGAACAUAACAAGCAAAAAUUUCUGCCCUCAUGCAGCAUACAUUCCAGUGACUACAUAUGAUAAAAAUCCAAAAUAAUAGAGGCCAUACUGGUCUGGAUCCUCAAGUGAUCCGCCUGCUUCGGCCUCCUAGUGUGCUGGGAUUACAGGUGUGAGCCACCGCGCCCGGCCUGCAAAAGUCUUUUAACUGGCCUCCCCAUCUCCAAACUCUAUCCUCCAUUUUAGUGUUGCAGGACUUUUUAAAAUAAAACCUUGGUCAUUUCAUUUCUCACAUUAGAAAACUUCCACUCUUUUUCAUUGUUUACAGUAGAAAUCCAAUUAUCUUAGUAUGGUAUAUAAGACUCUUCAUGAUCUAGCCCCAGUACAACACUCUAUAGUCUCCCCACCCAAUAUUUUUUUCACCGUAUCCCUUCCACCUGGCCAGGCUGAGUCCUGGCAGCCACGAUCCCCUAUGGAUCAUGCUGGUUUAGAUCUCCUGGGUUGCUCAUGUUAUUCCUGCUCCUACAAAGAUCUCCAUCUUCUUGUCUACCUAAAGAAAACCUACUCAUCUGUGUGCAAUCACCAUAAAGACUAUCUCUCUUCUGCAGCCUUUCCUGCAAUUUCCAUACCUCUGGCACGGACAAUCACCUUUUAAAAAUACCCCAUAUAUAUUUAUCAUAGCCUCUACAGUAUUUUGAUUGCACUUAACUAAUUACAUGACUUCUCUUUUAGUCUUCUUCUCUAAUCUCUUGAGGCCAUGGACCAUAUCCUAUUAUUUUGAAUCCCAAAUGCCUAGUACUGUUCUUGGUAUAUGGUUAAGAUUAUCAUAUGACUUGGUUUGUGCCUGUUGACCUGGCUUAAUAAUUACACCCUCUUUUCUCUCAAAAGUAUCUUGGUUUGGCAGAUAAAUUAUAUUUGGUCAUUCUCCACAUAGUACAUGCUUGGCAAUGAAUGAGCACCAGCAUCUGAGCACUUAUUACCAUACUAUAUAUAUGUAUAGUAAUACUUUUUAAAAAAGUUGUUUAUGAUGGUGUGCUUUUUUUCUUAGCUUCAUUAGAACUGGCCAGCUCCUUUUUCUCACUUGCCAAGCAUGGGGAGUUGGUUUGGAGUUGGUGUCUCAUCUUUUCCAGUUACAGUGUGAAAGUAGCCCACCAGCCCACGCUCUUAUUUCUAAAGACCGCAAUGACUCCACGGACUUAAGUUAUCAUUGCUUCCAGUUUCCUUGGGCAACGCAGCACGCAAUUUUGGACGCGCUGCGUGGUUUCAGAGUCGGCUGUAACUUGUCUCACUUUAUAAUCAUCAGGAAAAGUUCCUGAUGCCAGUCUUCCAAACGCUCAAUGAAAUAAAAACCAGAUAGUACCGCACAGGAGGCUGAGAUGCAACGACAAAAGCUGUCGUAAUUAUUAAUAAUACCUAACCUGGAUCACUCCCUCGAUAGAUCUGUAUCUUUGCCGCAGGCGCAAUUCACUUUGGUUUCACUCAAAACAAAAACGGUCUCCGUCGGAGUCACCGCCCUUUCCGGUGCGGACCAAUCAGAAUCUCAAAUACAGGGCACAGGGCCGGCACUUCCGGCCGAUCUUCCUGGUUUCUCUAACCGCGCCAGGGUGCCUCCGACUCGGAACGGCUUCCGCGGCCGAGGCGGCGAGGGCCGGGGGCGGCGGGCGGGAUGAGUGCGGUGUGCGGUGGAGCGGCGCGGACGCUGCGGACGCCGGGACGCCACGGCUACGCCGCCGAGUUCUCUCCGUACCUGCCGGGCCGCCUGGCCUGCGCCACCGCGCAGCACUACGGCAUCGCGGGCUGUGGAACCCUACUAAUAUUGGAUCCAGAUGAAGCUGGGCUAAGGCUUUUUAGAAGCUUUGACUGGAAUGAUGGUUUGUUCGAUGUGACUUGGAGUGAGAACAAUGAACAUGUCCUCAUCACCUGUAGUGGCGAUGGCUCGCUGCAGCUCUGGGACACUGCCAAAGCUGCGGGGCCACUGCAAGUCUAUAAAGAACACACUCAGGAGGUGUAUAGUGUUGAUUGGAGCCAAACCAGAGGUGAACAGCUUGUGGUGUCUGGCUCAUGGGAUCAAACUGUCAAAUUGUGGGAUCCAACUGUUGGAAAGUCUCUGUGCACCUUUAGAGGCCAUGAAAGUAUUAUUUAUAGCACAAUCUGGUCUCCCCACAUCCCUGGUUGUUUUGCUUCAGCCUCAGGUGAUCAGACUCUGAGAAUAUGGGAUGUGAAGGCAGCAGGAGUCAGAAUCGUGAUUCCCGCACAUCAGGCAGAAAUCUUGAGUUGUGACUGGUGUAAAUACAAUGAGAAUUUGCUGGUGACAGGGGCGGUUGACUGUAGUUUGAGAGGCUGGGACUUAAGGAAUGUACGGCAACCAGUGUUUGAACUGCUUGGUCAUACCUAUGCUAUUAGGAGGGUGAAAUUUUCGCCAUUUCAUGCUUCUGUGCUGGCCUCUUGCUCGUAUGAUUUUACUGUAAGAUUCUGGAACUUUUCAAAGCCUGACUCUCUUCUUGAAACAGUGGAGCAUCAUACAGAGUUUACUUGUGGUUUAGACUUCAGUCUUCAGAGCCCCACUCAGGAAAGGAAGAGAAUUCUUCCUUAAGAAUACUUCAGUCCUGCCAAGUUUUGAAUUUCUUUUAAUCAACAACAAAAAGUUCCUGCACAAGUACCCCAUCUUAGUUCACAUGACAGAAACCCAGUUAAAAAAUUGAUACAUGUUAUACUGUUUCUCAGAGGUCCUCAGUCCUAGCUGAGUGUUGGAAAGGGCGGCAGACGAUUACAAUGCCCAGCUGAAGAAUACUCUGGAUUCAUGUUUGGGGUCAGGGGUUGAGACUCUGAAGAAAAUUAUGGAUUCUCUCUCCCUUCCCACCAGAAUGUAAAUAUACACAAAAUGUUGUAUGUAUGGACUUUCUGAAACCUAUCUGUGGACCUUGGCUUCAAGACCCCAGCCUGUGUCAGCCCAAAGUGGAGCCAGUGAUACUGAUCCCAGGACCCCACUCUGAAGCCUGAGGCUAGGGAGAUGGGGACCCGUCUGUGUGACCUCCAGGUGAUUCUCAUGGACACUAAAGCUUGAGAACCACCGUCUUCUAGAAGUGCCUCCAGUAAACUAUAGUUUAAUGUAUGCCUUUGGCCUACUGGAGGGUUGAGAUGUUGGGUUUUUUACAGCCAUGUGAAGAAAGAUGUAUUUUUUAUAAAGUCACUCUUUUGGCACCGAA